AUGGAUUUCUUUGCUAAAAAGAGCUUUUCGUUCGAAAAAAUACCAGAUUUGACUGGAAAGGUAGCCAUUAUUACUGGUAGUAACACUGGUAUCGGCAAAGUAUGUGCUUUCGAGAUGGCAAAAAAGAAUUGUACUAUUGUGUUGGCUUGUCGAAGCGAAGAAAAGACAAAAGCUGUAGUUGAUCAAAUCAAAACAGAAACAGGCAAUGAAAACAUUGAGUUUAUUCAACUUAAUUUGUUGCGCCUAGCAUCAGUCAAAGAAUUUGCGGAUGCUUUUUUGGCUAAGUAUCAUCGACUUGACAUUUUGCUUAAUAAUGCAGGUGUGAUGAUGUGUCCAUUUGGGUUGUCUGAUGAUGGUAUUGAAGUCCAAUUUGCUACGAACCAUGUCGCACACCAUUUUCUUACUAUGCUGUUACUUCCUGUCUUGGAGAAAUCACAGCCUAGCCGUAUCAUCAAUGUAAGUUCAAUGGGUCAUCGCAUUCCUUUCAAGAGCCUGGACCUGGAAUCUAUCAGUGAUCCCAAGAAAUACAACAAGACAAUUCAAUACGCAAAGUCAAAGACAUGUAACAUUCUGUUUACAAGGGAAUUGACAAAGCGAUUGGAAGCUAAAGGGUAUGAUAAUGUAUUUGCCAACUGUAAUCAUCCUGGUGCUGUUAAGACCGACCUUUAUCGUCAUUUUACUGGUAUUCAAAGCCUUGUUACACUUGCUCUUAACUUGUUCUUGAUCACGCCUGAGCAAGGUGCUCUAACUCAACUUUAUCUGGCCACAAGCCCUGACGUCGAACAAAAGAGAAUCAAGGGCCAAUACUUUGUUCCUUUUGCUAAUCCUGAUAAGCCUCACGGUGUUGCUGCCUCAGAGACUGCACCUUCAGAAUUAUGGGAAUUUACUGAGAAACUUAUCAAAGAAAAGGUCCCUGAUUACCCAGGUGCACCUAUUUAA